AUGUUUAUUCAGCAAUGUAUUGGGGCUGCCAUUUCAGAAUCGUCCUCUUCUAUGCCUCAUGUAUAUCUAGCACCAGACGAAUUUGUUUCAUUUCCAAAACUUCCUGUGCAAGCCAUCCAACCACAAACCGACGAACUGGAUCUUUUUGAUCCUUGUGAAUUGCGCUCCGUUGCCAUCACUCUGGCCCUUAUAUCCUAUCCCGACAUCCCAAUUUCUGACGAGUCAGAGGUUCUUCAUGAAGGGCAACAACGAAAUCUCGAUGAAGAUGUACAUACAAAUAAAAACGAUCCUGUGCAUAUUACGUGUCCGCUAGUAGAACCUCCAAGCUUGCUUAUGCGGCUUUUCGAAUCAUCUCAUUUUUCUCCAGCUAUCGCCAUGAAGUACCUUUUUUCUUGCUCGGAAAAAGGAGCAAAACAGUAUUUAGGGAAAAAGUUCUUUUCUUUUCACCAUUCCCGCGUAGAUUUCUUUAUUCCACAGCUUAUUAGCUUGUACAUAAAUGACAAGGAGGUCGCUAGUGCUAUUCACAAUUAUAUCGAGGAACGAUGCAAGGGAAGUCUUCAUUUCGCUUUAAUAUGUGUGUGGCUGUUAGAGUCCUUAGGUGUUGAUAGAUUGAGAAUCAAGGACCGCGAUCUUGCACACGGAGAUAUUUUACGGCGGAUGAUCCUUAAUGAAUUCAAGCCCCCAAAGCCAAUCGGGUCUUUGAAGAAGUGGACCUCUAUAAAUGAUCGGUCUGGAUGUCUAGCUAACGGGUCUUUACUGAAUCCCGAAAAUCUCAACUCCGGAUUGCAGCUUACUAGAAGCGAAAGUGCUGCUACUUCAUUACGGUUCUUAUCUCCAGCUACCUUGAGCGGAGAUCUCACGCUCAACUUGGGCUGUCAUUGUUUUGAAAACGACGAUGCCAUAGAGUGCACUUGUGAAGCCAGUGCAAUGGAUGCACAGAAAGGCUUCGUGAGUUGGCUUGUUCGCAUUGGAAACAAUUUGAAGGAGGAACCCACGAAGGGAGAAAAAACCCGUCGCCUUGUCAGUGAGCUGCUUGUGUUGAACAUGCAUCUGCCAGCUCGGGUGUGGAUACCUUUAUCAGAAGGUCAUGUCGUUUUAAACAUUCCUCCUACCAACAGCUGUGUGCUCAAUAGCAAAGACAAGGCUCCCUAUUGCAUAUUUGUGGAAGUGUUGCGGUGUUCUGACGUUAAGAAGGUGCGCCUACCAAAACGCCCUACGACGGGGGAGGAUUAUCCACAAAUGCCGCUGCGGUAUGGCUCUUUUAUCUAUAGAUUCCUGAAUCUUGUCGCGAUUGCCACAAAUUUCUUGUUGUAUGGAACAAUUUUAAUAUUCUACUAGCU